AUGCAGCGGCACCUCACGAACUUCUUACUGGGGCAGCACCAUCCUAUAGGCGCGAGUGUUUGGAUGCACUCCAGGUAUAGAUGCUAUGCCGUGAAAUCCAAGAGACUCGAUGUAUCCUUAGCGCUUCACACUAAGCAACCUCCUCCAACUCCAGGCUUCUCUUCUCCUAGGCUUGGUAUGGUAUGCAAGCUCAAGAAAGCGAUUUACGUUACGGCCCCCGACAAGCUAAAGCAGGCACCAAGAGCUAAGAAGGGGCCUGCCGUGCGGAUUCUUCCAUGUUUGUUCGCCGACGUCACGGUAGCUUGGCAACCAAUUUGUCUCUUUCAUCCGCCGCAUUACUUUCUCGGCAUGGAGGUAUCUCGCUCCACCUCUGGACUCCCCCUAACCCAAACAAGGCAGGCUGCCCUGACGACCGACGCUCUACCUCGGGCUUUUGUUCUUGGUCGGAAUCUAAUUUCCUGGAGCGCUAAGAAGCAGCCCCUUACUCUAACAAGUAAGCAAGUAAACUACCUUUCGGAAGAAAAUAUGAUCUUCUGCCUAAAGAAAAUGGUCAGAUCAAUCAUAGUUAAAGGAGGAGUUUCACGGGAGAGAGUGGUUGUCAAAGACUCAAACGACUUCAGCAGACUUCCCGGUCACUGA